AUGACCGACAACCAAACGAGCACCCCUUCGGUGCUGGCCACCCACACCGUCGACCCCAGUCAACAAGAAAUCUCUCACCCGCCACAGUCGUACACAUACUACCAUGCCGGUCCGCUGUUCACUAUCGCCGAACUGCACACCAACGCGCUCCUCGCGCAAGCGAUCCAAAAAGGCUCGGCCGGCAAGUUCAUCCCUGUCCUCCCUCAGGACCUGGAACAGCGUGAUCUCAGCGCGCACGCCAUCCGGGACCAGGACCUGCGGGCCCUGCUGUCCUGCGACAUGGCACUGUUCACCUACGACGGCGCCGAGCUCGACGCCGGCACCGUGGUCGAGUACAUGGUCGCCAAGAUGGCCGACAUCCCCGCCGUCGUGCUGCGGACCGACUUUCGCGGCGCCGGCGACCAGCCGCCCGAGACGGGCGACGCCUGGAACCUGAUGAGCUCCAACUGGCCGCGCACGGUGGGCGUGAGAGUGCACGCCAUGGUGGGCUACAAGACGGGUCUCCAGCGCGCCCCGGCGGGGAGGACGGUGGGCGAGUCCAUGAUCGACGACGUCGCGCAGAAGGUGGUGGAUGCGUUCGAGACGGUGGUAAAGGAGCCCCCGAGAAUGCCCAAGGAGUUGAGAGAAAGUGUCUAUCAGUGGCUGGCCCUAAUGCCGGGUUUCAAGAACGGCGGCGACCAGCAGAACGUGGAGGCUCUCGCGAAGGUGUGCAAAGAGAAGCAAUCUAGGGGUUUGUUAUGA